AACAAAAUUGAAUACCGAAAAUGGCAGACACUAGCACUGCCCCAAACCAGGGGCAGAGCCAGGAGUCCGAAGAUAACAAACCGAGAGAGUACACGUAUGCCAAGAAGAAGUAUUCGAUUCAGGCAUAUUAUGAGAAGCUGCAAGAGGUCGAGCAGACGGUUGGCAAGUCGAAGGUGAAGAAGGUUGAGCUGGCCGGGCUGCCGUUGCGCCUGAAGUUUUGGACGAGCGCAACUGGUCGCUGUGGGGCAAACCUGUUCCACAAGGCCCGCAACCGCCUGGGGCAGAUGCGUGCGAUGAAGCUCAUCUUCAUCCGCCAGAACGACAGCUACGCGGCCAAGCGCAACACCCUGUCGGAUGAGGUGGUGAUGCAGCUGCUGGCCGGGGAUGAGGAGGAGUGAAGUAGCUAGGGAUUUAAGUUGUUCGGUCGGCAUUGGUAGCAGUCUAUGUCUGCUGAACUUGGCCAGCAUGGGAUCUUGAUGGCAUACCAUGUCGGCUUUUGUGCAUUGCCAGGGCUUAGGAAUGAUGAUCUGGGCCCUGAUUCGUUGAAACCUGAACCCUUAGGAUAUGGAGUUAAAGAAGCAUCAAAGGGAUAAGCGCCUGUGACGUGUACUCGACCGUCCAGUGCGCCCUCGCAUGCUUUGACCCAUGGGUCAAUACUGCGGCGGAGUAUAAUGGCUUGUUUCUGUCGUGCAAUUGUGCUUCGCAACGUCCCAAAACUUAAUUAUUAUAACAAAUAGGGGGGUCCUUGUGAAGCAGCUGCCCGCGUUUCUAAAGCACGUAUGGUGUUGGAUUGUAAGGUGCCCAAGUACGUUUGCGAGGAAGAGAAUGUGGCCAGGCUGGAGAGGAAAGUGCAGUGGCAUAUUGGAAUGUGAGAUUAGCGUAAGCGAGUUACAGGGCGUUUUAUUGCACGGGCGAAUUUACGUGCAAAUCUUUCACCGUAGCAUCAGUCCUCAGUUCAUUUCUUGGAACGAACAUCAGCAUAGGUGCAAGCCCUCUCGCUUGGGGGGAUAUGCAAACAAACAUCCUGAUAGGGGUAAACUCGCACGCUACCGAGCAUUCAACCGAGCACAUGCAUGCUUAGUUGAAUGGUGAGAUGCGACCCCCCCUUCAUUUCGUGCUCGGCAAGCCUGCCACCGCGUACCGGAUAUGUUGGCGAUGUUACAGAACGCUGCACCUUGGUUUCUGUGCGCAAUGCGUACGAUGCUCGACCCCGCCGACCAAAACUACACGUGCCCAACUGAAGACAUUCCCGGUGGUUGUGCAGCAGCUCUUGAGGCUGUUGCUGGCUGAAAUCCAUCCUGAGCUGUUGCAACACGGCUAACGCGGGCACGUCCCUAUGCACAGCAAAUAGCUGUUCCAAGCCAACAGCGGCGUCCAUGUCACCGACAAGGCUCUAAACGUCUUAUCUGUUCUUAUGUUUAAUUAAGUUUAUGUAUGUUAUACUUUGCGCAACUUUGUAAUUUGACUUUACUCUG